AUGCGAGCGGAGAAGCGAGAAGAAGAGCCCUCUAACAUCAAAGAAAUCGAGACCCGGAGAUCGACCUUUAUAUACCCUGGUGCCGCAAACGACUCCCUUCUUCUAAACGAAUCACCCGCAGUGUGCAAGGGCCCUUACAAUUGCUCAAGAGCCGCUGCCAACCGCAAGAUGGAUGUUCCCUCGUUUAAUGAGCUGUGUGGACCGUCAGAUCUUUAG